GAAGGCGGGCGAGCCAGCGAGGCUCAGGCCCUUCCGCGGCGGCAGGAUGUGGCGAGCCCGGGCGGCGGCAGCCUGCAUUGUCUGUCAAAACCUAGCAAAUGGGACCUACAGAGCCAGAGGGAAACCACGGCUGCAGAAGCUGCGUCUCGUUUCCCGAAGUAUUCAUCAUUCCCGCUAUCCAGUGUCCAAGCUUCAAAGGCUUCCGCCACGGACCUCCGUGCAGCACUUCUCCACUCUUAGUCACCUUCCCUUGCGCAACACCAAACUCCUUGUAAAGUAUGGGUUCCAACCCCAUAGGAACUUUUGGCUAGCCAGAGUGGCGUCAAGGCUUCUAAAACUUCGCUACAUCAUCCUAGGAUCUGCUGUGGGCGGUGGCUACACAGCCAAAAAGACGUUUGAGCAGUGGAAGGACAUGCUGCCGGAUCUUGGCGAGUACAAGUGGAUUGUGCCCGACUUCGUAUGGGAACUUGAUGAAUACGUUGACUUCGAAAAAUUAAAAAAUGCUCUUCCUGACUCAGAAGACCUCGCUAAGCUGAUGCCCGACUUGGACAAGAUUGGAGAGAGCAUCAGUUCACUAAUGGGUUUCUUCACACCUGGUUACAAUUUGGUUAGUGAAGUCAUAGGAGCUUCUGAUCUACUUCUGUUGUUAGGCUCGUCAGGGGACACCGCGUUCAGAGCUACGGACCAGGGAAGUGAGAGUGAGAAACAGUACAAGAAGGGUCUUCUUGGCGAGCUCAUUCUCUUGCAGCAGCAAAUCCAUCAGCAUGAAGAGGAGGCGCGGAGAGCCGCUGACCAAUAUGGCCCAGGCUCUUCCCAGCAGAAGCGAAAGGUUUCUGACAAAGAAAAGGUUGAUCAGCUCCAAGAAGAAUUACUGCGCACUCAGUUGAAAUACCAAAGGAUGCUCGAGCGGUUAGAGAAGGAGAAUAAAGAGCUGAGGAAGAUUGUGCUGCAGAAGGACGACAAGGGCAUUCAUCAGAGGAAGCUGAAGAAAUCGUUAAUUGAUAUGUAUUCCGAAGUCCUGGAUACUUUGUCGGAUUAUGAUGCUAGCUAUAAUACCCAUGAUCAUUUACCUCGGGUUGUGGUGGUUGGAGAUCAGAGUGCCGGCAAAACCAGCGUACUUGAAAUGAUCGCCCAAGCUCGGAUCUUUCCUCGCGGCUCUGGAGAAAUGAUGACCCGUUCACCUGUUAAGGUCACGCUCAGUGAAGGUCCUCACCACGUGGCUAUCUUCAAGGAUAGUUCUAGAGAGUUUGACCUGACCAAGGAGGAGGAUCUUGCUGCCUUGAGGAAUGAGAUUGAGAUCAGAAUGAGGAAGAGCGUGAACGAAGGCUGCACAGUCAGUUCUGAGACCAUUUCCCUUAGCGUCAAAGGUCCUGGCCUGCAAAGAAUGGUGCUGGUGGAUUUGCCCGGUGUCAUCAGCACGGUGACGUCAGGGAUGGCCCCAGACACAAAGGAAACCAUCUUCAGCAUCAGCAAAGCCUACAUGCAGAACCCGAAUGCCAUCAUCCUUUGCAUUCAAGAUGGGUCUGUGGAUGCAGAACGCAGCAUUGUCACUGACUUGGUCAGCCAGAUGGAUCCUCAGGGCAGGAGGACAAUCUUUGUUUUGACAAAAGUGGACCUUGCUGAGAAAAACGUGGCCAGCCCGAGCAGGAUCCAGCAAAUAAUUGAAGGCAAACUCUUCCCAAUGAAGGCUCUUGGGUAUUUUGCAGUUGUUACGGGAAAAGGAAAUAGCAGUGAAAGUAUUGAAUCUAUUCGAGAGUAUGAAGAAGAUUUUUUCCAAAACUCCAAACUGCUGAAGAACUGCAUGCUGAAGGCCCAUCAGGUGACCACGCGGAACCUCAGCCUGGCGGUGUCCGACUGUUUUUGGAAAAUGGUGCGAGAGUCUGUGGAGCAGCAAGCAGACGCUUUCAAAGCAACGCGUUUUAAUUUGGAGACGGAGUGGAAGAACAACUACCCCCGCUUGCGAGAGCUAGACCGGAAUGAACUGUUCGAAAAAGCAAAGAACGAAAUCCUUGAUGAAGUCAUAAGCUUGAGCCAGGUGACGCCAAAGCACUGGGAGGAGAUCCUUCAGAAGUCCCUGUGGGAGAGGGUCUCGACCCAUGUGAUAGAAAACAUCUACCUCCCAGCAGCGCAGACCACAAAUUCGGGGACUUUUAACACCACAGUGGACAUCAAGCUCAAGCAGUGGACUGACAAGCAGCUGCCCAACAAAGCUGUGGAGGUUGCCUGGGAGACGCUCCAGGAGGAAUUUUCUCGCUUCAUGACAGAGGAGAAGGGGAAAGAACAUGACGACAUCUUUGACAAGCUGAAGCAAGCUGUUAAGGAUGAGAGCAUCAAGCGGCACAAGUGGAAUGAAGUAGCAGAAGACAGCCUGAGAGUAAUCCAGCACAACGCUUUGGAAGACCGCUCUAUAUCAGACAAGCAGCAGUGGGAUGCAGCCAUUCAGUUUAUGGAGGAAACACUUCAGAGUCGCCUGAAAGACACUGAAUCAGUUAUUGAAGACAUGGUGGGCCCAGAUUGGAAGAAGAGGUGGCUGUACUGGAUGGGGCGCACCAAAGAGCAGACCAUCCGCAAUGAAACAAAAAGUGAACUCGAGAAGAUGAUAAAAUGCAACGAAGAGCACCCAGCUUACCUUGCGAAUGACGAGGUCACCACUGUCCGAAAGAACCUGGAGGCGCGAGGGGUAGCGGUCGACCCGUGCUUGAUUAAAGACACCUGGCACCAGGUCUACAGGCGCCAUUUCUUGAAGAAGGCCCUGGGCCACUGCAAUCUCUGCCGGAGGGGCUUUUACUACUACCAGAGGCAUUUUGUGGACUCCGAGCUGGAAUGCAACGACGUGGUCCUGUUCUGGCGGAUCCAGCGGAUGCUGGCCAUCACUGCCAACACUUUGAGACAGCAGCUGACCAACACAGAAGUGAGGCGCCUAGAAAAGAAUGUAAAAGAAGUGCUGGAGGAUUUUGCAGAGGACUGUGAGAAGAAGAUGAAAUUACUAACUGGGAAACGAGUCCAGCUUGCUGAGGACCUCAAAAAAGUUCGGGAGAUCCAGGAAAAACUUGAAGUCUUCAUUGAAGCCCUCCAUCAAGAAGAGAAGUAGAUGGUUCACACAGUAGAAUCUCUACGGCAAGACAAAAGCCCCGUUCUAGAACGCACUGCACUAAAACCGACUCAGCAGAGCCCUCCUCUUCUCCCUGUGGUACUUUUGGGGAGCAUCCUAAAAGCUCACAAAGGAAAUGCGAUAGUUAGGAGGGGGAGUCUGCGAUGUAAAUGGUGAGAGAGGAACAAACCGGGCACCAGAAAUCUGGACUUCAUUACCUGGAAAUGAUGAGUUGGGGGAACAUCCAGAUUGCACCACGUCGUCUUCUUUUUUAGUUUCGUUUCGUUUUUUGCGAGGUGUCAGAGACCGAAGAAGGGGGUUCUCUGCCUGGAAUGGCAGGGUCCCCCCGUCCCUCCAUCUCUUCAAGUGAGUUUAGUCCUUCUCGGCCUCCGUUGUGUGAAACACGUGGGGAGCUUAACAUGGAACUUUAGCAUUUGUACAUACAUUGAUCACACGCUAUAAGUAAUAUUCGUUUGUAUGUGCCAUGCAGUCCUCCAAGUGGUAAAAAAAAUUGCUUUUAAGUGCUCAUUUGGGAAACUAGAUCUUGGCUGGACUCGGCUGAAGCGCUUGAGAGAAACCGGGCCAUGAUGCCGCCGCCGCCGCUCAGUAGUCUUGGGGCGCUUCCAGUCCAUCUCCAAAGAGACGUCCAGGUUUGCCUUCUAUGGGCCUCUGGCCUAGGGAACGGCCCCGGCAGCCAUCCGUUUCACUGCAGUUGUGUCAGGUGGAGGAGAAGGAGGGUGGGAUUUAGGCCGGUCACAUUUCAUUUUUAUUUUUUAAUAAAAAAUAAAACCAGGGGUUCCUUACUGAUUCCCUGCCAGAAGAAAACACCGGCAGAGGAGGGUGGGUGGCGGUCAUGGGUUUCGGAGCAGUAAGGGCACAGCAGCACCUUGCUUAAACGUCUCCGCAAGAGGGAGAGACCUUUAGCAGAUUGGUUUUCAGGGGGGACCUUAAGGGAGGGAGGGAACGAAGGAGGGGCGCACUGGUUAUGGCCCUUCGCAGGGAAACCUCUUCUAGGUCUUCUCCACUUGUGGAGCCCUUUGCCCGUAACACCUUUGACCGUGUGGGUCGGGUCGUUUUCUCCAACCCUCCAUCGAUGAUGGCCUGGAGAAAAGGGCCUCCCCCCACCUGACGAGGGCCCUGCGCACAAACGGCUCACUGACCCGGAGCGUCUUGCAGCGCUCAUCCCAUGAUAGCUCUAGUCUGUGGCGCUGGCCCUGAGGGAGGUAUUCCACGUUGCCACCUGGCAUUCCCUCCCUUGCCUUUUGUGGGGUGUGUGAGUGUGUGUUGGGUUUGGGGGAGGGGGCUCACUCCCUCUCCUUUCAAAAGUACACUUAAACGCUUUGCCAGCCCUCCUGAGUGUGUUGGAAGCCCCUCCCCACCCCACCCCGGUCUCCUGCCUCUCCCGUAAAUCGCUGGAGUGAGAUAUCCAUCUUUUACAGAAGUAUAUGGCUGGUAGGCUGUUUUAUUACAUGUAUUACAGAUCGUCGUUUCAGUUAAUCUGCCUUCCCACGCGGCCGUUGCCUUGACGGAGCGUGCCCCACCAAGGCAGCGCUUGCAAGGGCAGCCGGUGGGAGAACGGGGUCAGUUCUUCAGCUGUUUCCCCACCACCACACACACACUCUGCAUUCUGUCUUCUAAACCCCGUAAGCAAGGUGAUGGGGGCAGCGCAGGACUGCUCUUGCCGGUAACCAAAAGUAGACGGCAUUGCUUGGGAAACGCUGCUUAUGUUUUUAGCUACACAGCAGAGACUCCGCGUCUUGGGAUCUUGUGCCCUUGAAAAUACAAAAGAAAGAAACCUGAUGCAAUUAGUCGCUCUCUGCAUUGACUGGAGAUAACUAAGGAGUCUGAGAGGCUCCUGCUGGUGCCGGGUUGCCCUGCGAGCAAGCGAGCCCACCCACCCGCGCGUGGGCCCUCCACGGCCAGAGUUCCCUCGCCCUGGCCGGAGGCCGUCGCCCGAGUCACCGCCGUUCUUUUUGCCGUCUGGUACACCUUUUCGUUAUAAAUCUGUACUGCUGAUCUGGAACUUAGCAUGAUGUAUUCCAUGAAAGUUAUUUAUUGAAUGCAGAUGUCAUUGGAGAAGAAUGAAAUAAAUGCAGGUUUUGAACACUUAA